GCUUGUUUUUUUCUUAGGGGAAAUGAGACGGUGGUUUGUAAGUGGGCGGCACCGCACCGCACCGCACCGCCCCGCCCGCCACCACCGCAGGAGGAGCCGAGCUUUCGGUGUGUGUGUGGGGUGAUGGAGCCUUGUCGCGGUCCAGCGGCUGGUUUCGUUGGGGUUCCUCCGCGCCUGCUCGCUCCAACUUCCAUGGUGGCCGGCUGAAGCCUGACAGCGGCGGGCGGUGUGGAGGAGCGAGCGAAGGCCACGGCGAGGAGGAGGAGGAGGCGGAGGCGGAGAUGGUGGUGUGCUCCAUGCGCAAGUCGUUCAAGGACUCGCUCAAGGUGCUCGAGGCCGACAUCCAGCACGCCAACACCCUGGCAGCGGAUUUCUCGAGGGACUACGAUGGGGCCUGCCUCCAGAUGCGGAUGUCCUACAGCCCCGCCGCGCAGUUCUUCCUCUUCCUCGUGCAGUGGACCGACUGCAGCCUCGCCGGCGCGCUUGGGCUGCUCAGGAUCCUAAUCUACAAGGUUUAUGUGGAUGGGAGUACCACUUUGUCCACACAUGAGAGGAAAGCAAGCAUCAGAGAAUUUUAUGCUGUUAUAUUUCCCUCCCUCAUGCAACUGCCCAAGGGGAUCAGCGACGUCGACGACCGGAGGCAGAAGGCGGUCUGUAUAGAGAGAUACAGAAGGACAGACGAGGACGAGAGCAAGAGGCCGGUUUCUGAGAUUGAUGUCGAGAGGGAGGAGGAAUGUGGCAUUUGCAUGGAGAUGAAUAGCAAGGUGGUGCUGCCCAGCUGCAGCCAUGCUAUGUGCAUGAAGUGCUACCGCCAAUGGCGCUCAAGAUCCCAGUCCUGCCCCUUCUGUCGGGACAGCCUCAAGCGAGUAAAUUCCGGUGACCUGUGGAUGUUCACUGACUGCCGAGACGUAGUUGACAUGGCAACGGUGACCAGAGAGAACAUCAGGCGCCUGUUUAUGUAUAUCGACAAGCUGCCUCUGGUCACGCCGGAAAACAUCUUCUACGCCUAUGAUUCUCAUAGGAUGUUCCUCGUCCUAGGAUGUGGCUAAUCUUGGAGCUGCCUGUGGACUUUUACAGGAGACUUUGAGAGCUCUGACUGGGUGUAGAGUCUGUUCAGUUUUUUGUAAAUGUGUUGUACAUAUUUAUGAUGCAAUGAAAAUCUUUAGGGAAAAA